UAUUGCCUGUCUAAUUGCAGAUUCUCCCGAUCUAAGUCAGCGCCCUUUGUUUCCCUUCUCCCUAGCUUCUUUAAAGAUGACUUCGUCCCCCCUUCUCUACCGCCGAUUUCUUUUCCACCAUCCACAUACCCUCGCUCGUUUCCUCGUCAUUCGUUAACUGUUACGCUAGAUAUUCGCUCUCAGUCUUCGUUUUAAGAGAUUCAGUACUUCUCGCUCUCGGCAAAGACUAUUACUGCUACUAAUAACUAUACCUUACAUCUACACACACACAUCUACCGUAACAGAACCUACGAAACGAAAAUGUUCCACAAGACUACCGCUGCCCUUGGCCUGGUUGCCGUCUCUGGCGCCGCCGCUGGCACUGCUGGGGGUUACCCUGCUUAUCCCGUCAACAACACGGCUCCCUCGUCCGUCUGGCAAUACUACAAUACUACCGUGCCCACGACGGUCGUAGUGCCCCAGUUCACUACAGUCUGUCCCGAGGCGACGACUAUGAGCUACAAUGGCGUCCAGUACACGGUUACUAAGGGCGAGACUAUCACUGUUACCGACUGCCCUUGCACUAUCUCUACGGCCGUCCAGACUCUUACCUCGUCUCUGUGCCCACCUGGCGUUACGCCCACCGCUGUCGCCCCUGCGGUCCCAACCGGUAUGCCCUACCCUGCUGAGACGCCUGCUCCCGGCACCCCCGGCGUCCCCGCUGUUCCUGGUAAGCCUGGCAACCCUAGUGCUCCUGCCGUUCCUGCCCCGGCUGGCACCACACCGACACCUGGUGCCCCCGCCCAAGGCGGUUCUCCUCCCCCGGGCGCCAACCCAGCUGUCGGCACCAGCGGCGCUGCGCCCGUCGCCAAUACCCCCAACCCGCCCGCCGGCACCGCGGGCUACACCCCGUCCGCCGUCCCGUCCGGCAUCGCGGUCUCGGGCGCGGGCAGCAACUCCUGCUUCGUAGCGGCUCUGUUCGCAGCCCUCUUGGGCGCUGUGGCUUUGUAAGCGCCAGGGUAGCUAUUUCGGUACCAGUCCAGGGGAUCUAAUCUAGCGUCUACUUGACAGCUGAAAAAAAAACCAAAAAAAAUACUACAGCUACUAGAGGAAACGGAACGGAAUGGGAUGAAUAGACCCGGCAGCAUCUGGCUGUAUGGGUGCGAUAAACGUACUCCAACCAACCACGCUUAGAAGGAUAUAAUGUCUAUUUUCUUAUCCCGUUUAUCUGCCCAUCCGUUGAUCGACUGAUCAAAACUUUCCUUUGUCGUCAUUUUCUACUGUUGGUUAUUUUCUGGGAAAAGUAGGGAGAUUGGGGAUAGGUUAGGUUAGGUUAGGUUAGGUUAGGUAUGGGUUGGGGUUGGACUUGGCAAAGGGGGCGUUGCUAUUAUUCUAUUUACUUUCUCGCUUGUCUCUAGGUUAGACGUGUACGCACUCCCGAACUAUCCUUGACGCGGGUGGCGGGUUCAAUAAAGGUACACUUUCAUUCCUUCGUGUGUUUAUGUCUUGGUUGUAUUGUGCCUUGAUGCGUGUCUUGUGUCAUAUUCUCCCUUGGGCGCGUUCCCUUACAGGUCCUCGCCCGGUUCUCGCUGUUCGAGUCUUGUGGUUCGAUAUAUUUCUUGUAGCCUUAUCAACUCAUUGCCAAUGCUGAAUUAUAUAUAUAUAUAUUAAUUCUGC